ACGCGGAGGCGAGGCGAUCCGGUGGCGCCGGAUUGCAAUCAGAGGGUUAAUAUCACUUUAAGACAUGUGAUCCUUUUCCCCGAGCCAAGGAUAUAUUGAAAUAGACUACCGGUACUUAACAGUACUGUAUAGGCGAUCCGUGCUUUCCUACGUACAUCUGCUUUUACUCCGCUCGGAGUGCAUUGGAGGGAAAGAAAGAGAGAGAUCGAGAGAGAGAGGAGGAGGAAAGAGAGCGAAAGGAGCGGGGGAAGAGGGAGGCUGAUCUGUCAUUAAACAUCCACCGAUCCUCCUCUUUAAGUGCCCUGGAAGCUGCAAAUUAUCUCAAGAUCACUUCAAAGGUCUCAUCAAGCAGAAGGUGACGCUCGGCGGUGAUGUAAAGGUGAAGAUGACAGGGUUUCCACCCCUCCAACCUGGGCGACUUUUCUGACAAGCCCUGUGCGGUACGGAGACUCGGCUGGGAUGGCGAUUCUUCUUGGACUCUUGGAAUAGAGGAUCGCUAAUCAGAACAAGGAAGAGAGAGGGGAGGGGGGAAAACUCACAAACACCCCCCCCAACCAAGCUUUGUUCGUCCUUCACACAAGGCAUCCGGAUCGAGAUUGUUGGCGAAGCGGCUAAUUUUCUGCCCCCCCCCAACCAACUCCGUCUCUCAGCCCAACCUCCUGUGGUGGUGCAAAUGGAUUUUAAAAAGUGUUAAUAUCUAUCUAUUUAUUUAUUUCUCUCUCUCUCUCUCCAAUGAACGCUCAUAGAGCGUUUUCCUCGGGGUUGGAAUACUCAGAGAAUGGCCAUGGUCUCUGCAAUGUCCUGGGUCCUGUAUUUGUGGAUAAGUGCCUGCGCCAUGCUGCUCUGUCAAGGGUCCCUUCACCACACUUUUCAGCAGCAUCAUCUGCACAGACCAGAAGGAGGAACGUGUGAAGUUAUAGCAGCGCAUAGAUGUUGUAAUAAGAAUCGGAUUGAGGAGAGAUCACAAACAGUAAAAUGCUCCUGUCUACCUGGGAAAGUGGCUGGGACAACGCGGAACAGACCAUCGUGUGUGGACGCAUCAAUAGUCAUUGGGAAAUGGUGGUGUGAGAUGGAGCCCUGCCUAGAGGGGGAGGAAUGCAAGACAUUACCCGACAAUUCAGGAUGGAUGUGUGCAACUGGCAAUAAAGUCAAGACUACCAGAAUUCACCCGAGAACCUAACAAAACAUCUUCUGACAGCAGCCAGAGAAGGAUCGCCUGACGAAAUAGGACAAAAGUCUUUAAACUUUUAACCAUCUCCAGCUUUUACAAGCCAAAUGGGAUUUUUUAAAAAUAAAUGCACUUUAACUCUGUACCAGAGGAAACAAUCAUGGCUUUAUUUAACGUGGAGUCAAAUACCUUAGGAAAAUAAAGCACCAGAUUUGACAGCAGAGAAAAGUAUGUGUUUCUCAGAAAGAGAAGGAAACACACAGUUCUUCAGAAGCAAAUUCUAUGCUUUUGAAACAGGAACAAAUGUCCUAUGAGUGUGGAUCUACAACUUUUCUUUGUACCAUUUACAAAUAUAUAAAUACAUACGGUAUUUUGAAAUAAAGUCUCUUUCAGAAACCGAGCAGAGCCACACUUUGCUGCAAUUGCUUUGUGACUCUCGCUUUUUGACAAAUACUGUACCGAGGAAGAGUUUAAGAGCCCAAGGAGAUAGUCGUGGGAAGAGAACAGAGAUGGAUAACUACAGACAAAAGAAUUUGAAUGUUGCUUCUUCUUUUUUUUUUUUAAGAAAAUUAUGAUUAUGAUUUCAACUGGACAUUCAAUUCCAUUUUCCUGUGUUCUGAAGUCCUUUUUCUUUUUCUCCUCGUGCGACAUUAGCAUGCUGGCUUUGCUUACAUUAACCAUACUUUAUACUUAAUUGAUAUGUAAUACUGGUUCUAUCCAAGGACAUCUUUGGGAGGGCAGUCAGCCAUCCCACAGAGGAGAGAAAGUUGACUUUCAAUAUUUAAAAAGGCACAAUCUCCAUUGGGAAGUUUCUUUGGUAGACUUUGUUAGACUGCGGGCAAUGUUAUUAAAGGAGCGCUGUACAGAUAAAUUGUUUAAAGACUUUGUAUAGCUGGUAAAGACAACCCUAGUAAAAAAAAAACAAAGCAAAAAAAAUCCUACUUCCAAUUUCAGUAGUUUGUGUUUUUUGCUCAUGAGAACAGUGACACUGUGUUUGGUUUUUUUAGAACAGACUGAUAU